AUGUCCCCCUCCCGGGGCCUCCGGCUCCUCCCCCUCGCCCGCCGUAGCUACUCCACCGCCGCCCCUCCAAAAUCCCCCAUCGAACUCCUCCGCCUCUCCCCCCACCGCCUACACAUCUACCGUUCCAACUCCACAAACCCCUUCUUCAACCUCAGCGCCGAAGACUACCUCCUCCGCCACUCCCCACCAACCUCCACCCUCCUCUUCACCUACACAAACACUCCCUCCAUAAUCCUCGGCCGCAACCAAAACAUCUGGUCCGAAGUCAACAUCCCACUCCUAAACACCCCACCCUAUAACUCCACAGUCCAAUUAGUCCGUCGUCGAAGCGGUGGAGGAACCGUAUACCACGAUCUAGGAAAUCUAUGUUGGAGCGUUAUCAUGCCCCGUAAAGCCUUCGACCGGGAUUUCUAUGCAAACGCGGUGGUUAGGGCGCUUCAUUCCUUGGGUGUUACGACGGCUAUGGUUAAUGAACGACAUGAUAUUAUACUUCGAAAGACUACCACAUCACCGGAUACGGGGAAGACGAAGGUAAGGGAUAAAAAGGUUUCUGGAUCGGCGUAUAAGAUUAUUAGAGAGAGGGCGUAUCAUCAUGCUACGUUACUUUUGAACUCGGAUUUGGUGAAUAUUUCGGCGUUGUUGAGGAGUCCGCUUAAGGAGUUUAUUACUACGAAGGGGGUGGAGAGUGUUAGGAGUCCUGUGGAGAAUAUUGGAGUUGCGAAGGAAGAGUUGGUGGGGAAGAUUGAAGAGGAGUUUUUGAAGGCUAAUGGGUGGAAAGAAGGAGAUGAAGAGGUGGGGAGGGCGGUAUUGGAGGAGGAGGAGACGGUUAGAGUGAGGGAGUAUAUUAAGGAGGGGAUGAUGGAGUUACAGUCCCAAAAAUGGCUAUACUCCCAAACCCCAGAAUUCACAUUAUCUCUCCCUGCCGGAACCACUCUACCAGAACUCCCCGGUCUCGCGGGUUUUCAACCAGUACUUCCUCCAACCAGUAAACUAUCCCUCCUAACAACCUCCUCAACCCUACAAAAUAUCCAAAUCUCAACCUCCCCAGAUCCAUCCUUUUCAUUCGUUCAAUCCCAAGAAUCUCACAUCCGUCUUCUACACACCCCUUUCAACGGUCCUCAAAUCAACAAAAAACUACAAGAAAUCAAUUCUUUACCUGAAGAUUAUAAAAUAGAUGUGGGCAGGUGGUUGGAACAUGCGGUGGGAGGAUGGGGCGGUGAGGAAAAAGUCGAUCUGUGGACUGAUGGGAAGGGUGGGAAGAGUAUGAGAGCUAGGGCUGCUGAGAAGGAAGAGGAGAGGAAGGAGAGGAGGGAGGCUAACAAGAAACUGCAGGGUAGAGCAGCAGAUACCAAUAACAUAGAAGAUCCAGUGGUCACCGAGCAAACGAAUGAUACUACUACUACUGCUGCUACUACUGCUACUAGUCAAUAG